GACAAAGGCAACCCACAUUUGUCCAUUCCCUUCACUUGUCCCUAUCAGUACAGUCUACAGAUAUAUGUUCGAUCCACCUCACGCCAAUAUAAAUAAAUGACUAGCCAUAUUGCCUGCCUCAAGUCCCCAUUUCUGAACUGGUUUAAUUAAUUGGAGCUGCAAUGGUGGAAUUUGGAAUCGGCCAACUCGCCUUUGUCUUCUUUUCUUUCGCUGCGGGAUUCCUUGCCUUCGCGCUGCUGCUGAGGAAGCGUCCGUGUUGCUGCUGUCACGUGUGCCGGGCGUACCUGAGCGGCUCGUGGGCGGCAGAGUUCGACAACCUCAGCGACUGGUACGCGCAGCUGCUGCGCGAGUCGCCGACCGGCACCGUCCACUUUCACGUGAUCGGGAAAACGGUGACGGCCAACCCGGCCAACGUCGAGUACAUUCUCCGGACCCGGUUUGAUAAUUUCCCCAAGGGCGAGCCCUUCUCCGCUAUCCUCGGCGACCUCCUCGGCCGCGGCAUCUUCAACGUCGACGGCGACGCCUGGCUCUUCCAGCGCAAGAUGGCCAGCCUCGCGCUCGGCAGCGUCAACGUGCGCGAGUACGCCUCCGGUAUCGUCGCCGAGGAGAUCUCCUGCGGCAUGCUGCCGCAGCUCGCCGCGGCGACCGACACCGGCAGCGCAAUCGACUUGCAGGUCGUGUUCCGGAGAUUCACAUUCGACGUCAUCUGCCGUAUCUCGUUUGGGCUCGAGAGGGGAUGCCUCGAGCUGCCGGUGCCGAUGGGAGAGUUCGCCGCGGCAUUCGACUCCGCUUCGAGACUAUCGGCGAUGCGAGGCACGGCGGCGGUGCCGGCGGUGUGGAAGCUAAAGCGGCUAUUUAAUGUGGGAUCGGAGAGGGAGCUGCGACGCGGGAUCUCGAUGAUCAAAAAUCUGGCGGAGGAGGUGAUCCGGCAGCGGCGAAAGCUGGGUUACGACGGUUGCCACGACCUGCUCUCGCGGUUCAUGAGCUCGGUGGAGGACGACGAGGAGUACCUCCGCGACAUCGUCGUCAGCUUCCUCCUUGCGGGGCGCGACGCGGUCGCCUCCGCCCUGACCGGCCUCUUCCUGCUCCUCGCGCGCAACCCGCAGGUGGCCGAGCGGCUUCAACAGGAAAUAAACGCCGAUGGUGGAGACUACGUGCAGGCGGCAAUCCACGAGAGCCUGCGUUUGUACCCCCCGGUGCAGUUCGACUCUAAGUGGUGCGUGGAAGACGACGUGCUUCCGGACGGCACCUUCGUGGGUCAGGGGACGCGAGUGAUGUACCACCCCUACGCCAUGGGGCGGAUGGAGAGUAUAUGGGGCGCCGAUUUCGCCGAAUUCCGGCCGGAACGGUGGCUCCGAGGGAAUAAGUUCACGGCGGAGAGCCUCUUCAAAUACCCGGUGUUCCAGGCUGGUCACCGGGUGUGCCUGGGCAAGGAACUCGCGCUGGCGGAGAUGCGGAUGGUGGCGAUCGCUGUGUUGAAGCAGUUCGAGGUCGAUGUGGUGGACGCGAAUCGGCCUGUCAAAUUCGCGCCCGGUCUGAUCUCGACGUUUAGCGGCGGGGUUUGGGCGCGGGUAAGCCGGCGGGUGGCCGUGCCGGCCACCGUAUGAUUACUUAAUUUAAUCAGGCAUAGUUUGGGGAGCAAAUUUCGUUUCUCGACUCUCAGAGUCCGAUCCUGAGACGGCGUUUUACUUUAAUCCAGCUCCCUUGCCACGUGUGCAUAAGCUGAUAAUUCGAUCAAUUACAUGCAGGUCUAGUGGAGUGCGGGAACCUAUGGAUGAUCCUAAUUAUUAGUUUAUUAUGGCUCA